UUCUAAAUGAGCGGACCAUGUCCAUUCGUCGACAUAAAUUAUACUUUGACAGUUCUUUGGUAGAGUCGUUUCUUAAACAACAGAAUUCUGAAAUAAUCGAAACCCGUACGUGCUAUUAAUUUAAAUAAUGGCCAAAUCGUCAAAGUGCAACAAUGGGAAGCUGAAACUAUUGACAAUGUGCGAUUGUAAUGCGGAGCCACGAAGCUUAUAUUUUUCUCAGCUCGAGAUGACGCAAGUUUUGUGUCCUAUCAAUUAAAGGAAAUGAAAAGCUCGAUUUUUGCAGCUUAGUUGUUACAAAAUAAUCAAGAUGUACUGUAGGUAUGCCUGCGUGAUGCUUAAAAUGGUUUCUCGUACUCUUGUCUCAAGGAGAGGGAUACAUAACCUCUUUCGCUAUUGAAGACAUGUAUGACACGUCCGUUAAUGGUUCAUGCACUUCCAAAUAUGGUAACUUGCAUCUAUGUAAUCUUACAAAUAGCUGAAAACUCCGAUUGAUAUGAUGCAGCAUAAACGAUUUAAAAUGUGGCUUCUUGCGUUUCUUGUUGCUCUAUUGGGCAGUUCGCCUGGCCUUGCGCAGCAGGUAGCAGAGAAUCACAGUACAGAUUUAAUCUCGGACCAAGAGGACACUCUGCUGAUGUUUGCAACCCUAGCAGGAUCAUUUAUCGGUGUUGGACAUAAAUCAGGGGAAAUACGUUGGAGACACGACGAUGAGCCUGUAGUAAAAGUACCGGUUGAUGUUUCCGAGACAACAAUGCCUAGAUUCCUGCCAGAUCCAAAAGAUGGAUCUUUAUACUUAUUUGGUACAGAGACGGAGGCUCUUAAGAAACUUCCGUUUACUAUACCGCAAUUAGUUGCCAGCAGUCCCUGCAGAAGUAGCGAUGGAAUACUAUAUACCGGAAGAAAAAUUGAUACAUGGUUUAGCAUCGACCCACGAUCGGGGGCGAGGAAGCAGCUCUUAAGCUUUGAUAAAGCAGAAAAUACUUGCCCUCUUGAAACGCAAGAUGCAAUCUUUGUAGGUCGCACAGAAUAUAAUGUUAUUAUGAUCGAUAGCAAGCACAAAGACAGGAAGUGGAAUGUUACCUUUUACGAUUACUCAGCAUCCAAGAUAGAUCCUGAUGGAUCAGAAAAUUAUGAUCUGGUACACUUUACUACCAGCUCUACUGGCCGAGUGGUAACACUGAAUCGUAGGUUAGGUUUUCUACUUUGGGAAUUGGACUUGGGAAGUCCCGUAAUAGCAGCAUAUACCGUCAGUGACGAUGGACUUACUUCUGUACCAUUUACCAGCGUUGCCGAUGGAACGUUAGAUCAUUUAUUACAGCAAUUUAUAACUAAGCCAAGUGACUUUCAAUUAUUCCAAACUUUGUAUAUUGGAGAACAUCAGCAUGGUUUGUAUGCCUUGCCAUCUUUAGCUGACUCGUCCACUGCAACGAUAUCGAGCAAGGCAGGUCAUUUAAUGCUCGAAGGGCCGUUGAUAAUACAGGAGGCACAGGAAAACCAACACUCUAUUCCUCUUCCGGGAGCUCAUGUGCGCAUGAAUCACAUCGAACAAUCGCAAGAUGAUUAUCAAAGUAUGACUCGAGAUAGGAUAGUGACCACCGGAUAUUACAAGGUCCCCACUGAGUAUCAGCUUCAGAAUCAGCCACUGCAGAUCACGGGGCGAUCGGACCCUGUAAUUCACUCUGAUCCAUUUGUUUUGAACCUGUCAACACUUUCCACGAAAACUGUGCAAACUGACGAGUGCAGAAACGCAACUAUCGAGGCGAAAAACUGGAGAAGAGCUGUGUCAGCUACGUACAAUGCCAGCAGAGGUUGGAUCAGUCGACAGGAAAAUAAAGGCCUCAAACUAGCUCUCGUCAUUUUACUAAGCUGCGUCAUUGCAAUGUUCUGGUAUCUGAACGUCCAGUUCAAGGAGUUCCAGCAGCUGUCCCAGCAACUUGAUCAGGGUUCCAGGGAGAACAGCCGAACAGGCAGCAACGGCAAACAUGGAAACUUGGCUGCCCCCGAAGACAUCGGUGAAGGUCUGGUCAGGAUUGGGAAGAUCACGUUCAACACCUGCGAGGUUUUAGGAAAGGGAUGCGAGGGAACCUUCGUAUACAAGGGUGAAUUCGACGGAAGACUGGUAGCGGUGAAGCGUCUUUUGCCAGAUUGCUUCACAUUUGCAGACCGAGAAGUUGCGCUUCUAAGAGAAUCCGACGCCCAUGCAAACGUGGUUCGCUACUUUUGUAUGGAGCAGGAUCGAAUGUUUCGAUACAUCGCCUUGGAAUUGGCCGAGGCGACUUUACAGGAUUACGUGGCUGGGAGGUACAAUAAAAAUAAGAUCUCAGUGAAGAACAUCCUCAGACAAGCGACCUUUGGUCUUGCUCAUCUUCAUUUCUUGGACAUCGUCCACAGGGAUAUCAAACCGCACAAUGUUUUACUAUCGGUGCCAGGUCCUCGAGGAGAGGUUAGGGCGAUGAUAUCUGACUUCGGACUCUGCAAGAAACUUCAACUGGGUCGAAUGUCCUUCUCGAGAAGAUCAGGAGUGACUGGAACGGACGGGUGGAUAGCGCCGGAAAUAUUUAACGGACAAAGGACCACCUGUGCCGUAGACAUCUUCUCCUUGGGCUGUGUCUUUUACUACGUCCUGUCAGGAGGCAAACACCCCUUCGGUGACCCUCUCCGACGGCAGGCAAACAUUCUCUGUGGUGAGAAUGAUUUGUCAACACUGCAGGACGUCUCUGCGAGUGAUAAGGAGUUGGCACGAGUCCUGAUCAAAGCGAUGAUCUCUGCGAAUCCUUCCGACAGGCCACCAGCUACGGCUAUCUGUAGCUAUCCCAUGUUCUGGGAUGCUGGCCAAGUUCUUAACUUCUUUCAGGAGGUCAGCGACAGAGUAGAAAAAGACGAGCCAGACAGUGCUGCCUUGAUAGCUCUGGAGUCCGGAGGGAGGAAAGUCGUCCAGGGAGAUUGGAGAUUGCACAUCGAUGUCGAGGUGGCUGCUGACCUUCGAAGAUACAGGAGCUACCGUGGAGAGAGUGUCCGGGACCUCUUAAGAGCCCUUCGGAAUAAGAAACACCACUACAGGGAACUAACCUCCGAAGCGCAACGUAGCCUAGGUGAAAUUCCUGGAGAAUUCGUAGAAUAUUGGCUUUCGAGGUUUUCGUAUCUCUUGACGCACGUCUGGUGCGCGAUGCAGAGCUUUCGUUCCGAGCCCACGCUGAGACAUUACUACGAUUCGGAGUAUGAGUUUCUGUGUGAAAAAGACAGCCCCGAUCCCGGGGAUGCUGCAGAGACUGUCGCGGUACCCACGUGGAGGACUCACGAUACCGUAAUCUGGAGUCCACAGAGGUCUAGGUUUCGAGGACCUAAACGGAAGCAGGAGAAGCGGAAAGUCGAGGAGUCUCUCGUUUGGACUUUACCUUCGGCACCUGAUUGAAUGUGUCCUGAAUUCCCGGUGCGUAACGAGUUGUUCAAGAGCGAGUGCGCCGAUCCAUGAACUGUGUGAUCCGUUAUGUAAAACAAUUACCUAACGUGCAAGUGGUAAAAAAGUCUCCAACCAAUGGGAUAAGUGAUACCCUUCAUCGGUUGAGAAGUGUUUACGGUUUUGCAGGUUAAGAAAUGAUUCCACCCAGCGAAGGAAUCUUGCAGUAAGUGUGUCACGUUUUCUCGACAUUUUUCUCAAAGUCUAUGGAUGAACUUCUGUGAUGUUAAGGUUUCCCAUUUCAAUGGAAUCCACCGGCUCGUCCCAACCGGUAUCUUGUAAAUAUCGUAGUUCACUAAGUCGGACAGUUUUUGAUGUUUUUAUACGAUAAAUCCGUGAGAAUGGA